AUGACAGACAGCGUUAAGGAAAGGCUCACUGAUCAAUUGAAACGUUCGGAAGAAUCGACGGUAAAGGACGAGACUAAAGACAGCAAGAACAAAGUCACGUUCAAUUCUAAUUUCCAGCAGUUGUACUUCAUAUUCACUGAGUCAGGCAAGCCAGUCUUCAACAGCGACGAGUUCCAUGAUAGUUACAGGCUAUCUAUCAAGCAGUUCAAUCAGGCGCUGAAAUCUAAGACCUCCCUUGACUCCUUGAAGACUACUUCCAUAAAAUCAUUACGUUUGGGCAACGUCACCAAUAUCUCAAAUGGCAGUACAGGCCUUGAUUAUACUUCGCUAAUGGGCGUUUUGAACCUUAUUUUCAACCUAGUUUCUAUCGAUGGCGACGAGUUGAAGUUCAUAAAGGCUAACAAUGAUCUCACUAUCCACUUCAGCAAGUUUGACCAUCUCAUUUACGUGUACUUGUCUAAUCUAAACGAAUCUAACAAGAUUAUUAGUACAAGGCUUUGUCUCUUGCACGAACAGGUGUUAUCGAUUAUACCAAAGCAUCACUUGAAUAAAAUUCUCACUACGAAACCGAACUACGAUCUCAGGCAAUUAGUGGAAGGUUCCGAGGCUCUGCUAAAGAAUUUCAUUAUUUCUUUGGAGUCUAGUUUUCAUUAUAACUUACAAGCCAUUCAACCUUUCAAAAUGGACUUCAAAUUCAGAUCUCACAUUGGCAACCUCUUAAUCCCACCAAAGCACCUCAGAUCUCAUCACUUGUAUACCAUCUUGUUUGCCUUCGGUAAAGUCAUCACGAUUAUUAGACCGAAAAGGCAUAAUCUCAUUAUAAUUCUCAAUACAGUAACUUCGUCGCCUAGUCUACGUAGUUGCGAAUCAUGGUUACCGUUAUCUCUUCCCAAAUUCAUUACUAACGGCUUCUUAAAUGCCUAUAUUGCAUUCAUUCCACCAUCGGCACAUCUCAGAGAGUCAAUGGGCUUUUCAAGCUUCCCUGAAAUUGGUGUGAUACAUAUCACAGGUAACCCUGAAUCUUUCGAUGAUGUCUCUAGUUGGUGGUACACAGUUAAACAGACUAUGGUCGAUCAAGGCGUGUUUGAUGACAUAUACAAAGGUGCAAGUGAUUCGAUUUAUAGCUGUGGUGAUGUUUCUGUUCCAGGUCUUCGGCAUUUCAUAUUCAAAUCUAAAGCCAACGUUCAGAUUACUUGUCCUACUUACGAUAGCAUUUACGCACAAGAUAUGCAUUCGAGACAACGUCUACUAAACUCGUACGACAAGCUAUACAAUCUCGUUCACUCUCCAAGUUCUGAAUCUAGUAUACCAAAGACUAGCUCAGGUGAAUCGCUCAGAUCUCCUAAUGACAAUGCUAGCAGACGUGACAGUACGUUUGCUGACAGAAGUAGUAUCAUUGGAUCUGGAGAUAGUUUAAUCCGAGCUGGUGACACGAAAAAUUUAUCAACAGAACAGUCAGCUAUUGCCUCCUCUUCUGCAUCUGUUUCCACAACUCAACAGGAAGAUGAAGAUAAAAAUCCGAACGAAUCCUCCGAAAUAGCACGUCCUAGGCAAGAAGAACAAAAUUCCAAUAGCCAUAAUGUCGAAAGCAAACGAAUUGAAAAGCAAAAUAAUGAGCAGACGUAUGAAAGUAAUCAAAGCGAUAAUAGCGAUCACGUUAUACCCACGACGUCGAAUCUACAAAUCAACAACGACAACAUGAAAGAUACCGAAUUGACAUUACCACAUAGGGUAAUAAAUAGUUCAAUUUCACAACAGCUCCUUAGAGCAACAGUGUUAACACCAGCGAAUAUGCUUAAAGCAACUACGUCAAUGAUGUCUUAUGUGCCCUCUCUACCUCAGUUAGGUCCGAGAAGGAUAAAUCAUAGCCCGCAGGCGCCACAACAAAUAAGACCUCGCACUAGUCAGAGGCUCUCUUACUUUAUUAAAAACGAACAUGAGAGUGUAUUGGUAUGGUCAACAAGGAUAUUCGAGCUGUAUAUCGCGUUACCUGCAUCGAUGCCACAUAGCGCUGCUGUAAAUUGUGCUCAAUCGCUCGUUAAAUGGGUAAGGAAAGAGGAACCGAGUCUAUUCCUAGGUAAUACUCCAACAUUCUAA